AUGUCUUCCCCUGAGCUCCGCGCAAACGUGACAUGGUCGCUCAACCAGGCGAGGGCCAUCAUGAUAGCAACUGUGCUGCCGUUGUUCUGCGUGUUCCUGUCAUGUGCCGGAAUCAUGCUAUACGCUAUGGCCAAGCUUCCUCACUCCCUCGACACACCUCGUUACCUCCUCUUCGCGUGGAUGCUAGUCAACGAUAGCAUCCAGCUGAUGUCGUCCGUGCUCCUCUUCAUGCUGGCCAUGUUUGGUGUGCGGUUGGCGCUGUUCUGCUGCAUCUCCCUUAUCUUCAUUUCUCAAGCCAGCUUCUUCAACUCGCCGCUAAUCCUGGCCACCAUGUCAUUAGAGCGCUUUGUUGCAAUCUUCUACCCGUUGCGCCGCCCGGCCGCCUGGCGAGCCGACCGCAUCUGGGUCAUCAUCCUGGCCAUGUGGCUGCUGGGCUGCAUGAGCCCCGUCUUGGAAAACAUACUCCAAGAUCCACAAACCUUGACCGUCAGCAGCGAACCCGUGCUGUGCAAGGGCCAUUAUCUGAAUGCCACUCCAGCCCGGGCCUUGCACCGCGCAAUCAACAGCGCGAUCAUCUUUACCCUUAUGACUGUUGUCAUCAUCUGGACAUACAUAGGCAUCAUGGUGCAGACGCGCAAGCUGCGCAGGGCCGGGGAUUCAGCGAGUCGCGCUCAGCGCACAGUUCUGAUACACGCCGCACAAUUACUGCUCUGCGGGCUGGCCUUCACGAUACCUAUUACUGAAACGCUCAUUAAGCUAGACUCCAUCCAGUCAAGACAUUUAGUGAUCUUCUUCAAUUACCUCUGCCUUGUCCUUUUCCCGAGGGCCCUCAGUCCGCUCAUCUACGGAUUCCGGGACCAGACCCUGCGCGGGCAGAUGGUUAAGGUCUUCGCGGCCAAUGCCAGGUCGAAGGUCGGUGCCUGA